AGUUAAAUUCAGGACAAUACGCACCAAGACCCUUCUGAUAUCAUCACCAUGGAGACAUGUUUUCGCAGACUUUUGAUGACAGUUGUUCUGGCAUCGAUUAUGCGGAGAUCAGUCGCAGUAGGACCGGUUAUCCGGUGCGAACCAUGUGAUGCUGGAGCCCGGAUACUGUGCAAGCCGUUGCCCAAGGACUGCGCGGAGAGAGUUCGCGAACCGGGCUGCGGGUGCUGCACGACUUGCGCGCUGGCCUUUGGAAAGCCGUGCGGAGUGUACACGGGGAGAUGUGGCUCCGGAAUGACAUGCCAGCACCAACCCGGUGAGACGAAACCUCUCCAAGCUCUGCUGGAAGGACGAGGGCAGUGUGCAAACGCGACCAUUAAAAGACCUGUUGCCACUUUCAUCAAUGAGAGACAAGAAAAUGAUGGUGGUAUUCAGGAGGAGGAGCGAAACACCACCGCCCCAGUGCUCCAAGCCUCCUUCAGCACCAGCAGACCUCCUGUAGGCUCCCCCAGAAUCCCCCAUCACCCCUCUCUCCUCCACCCCGUCAAGGCAGAGGUCAUCCGCAGAGAGCAGCUGAAGAAGGCCCAGAGUUACAAGAUGGAAGAAGGACCUGGAGCUCUCAGCACAGACCAACAUAACUUUUCCCUAGAAUCCAAGCAGGACCCAGAGUAUGGUCCCUGUCGUAGAGAGAUGGAGAGUAUCCUCAAUGGACUGAAGAUCACAGACAUCCUCAACCCCAGAGGCUUCCGCAUCCCAAACUGUGACAAGAAGGGCUUCUACAAGAAAAAACAGUGCCGUCCAUCCAAGGGCAGAAAGCGAGGGUUUUGCUGGUGUGCCGAUAAGUAUGGGCAGCCAUUGCCAGGUUUCGACGGGAAGGAGAGAGGAGACGCUCAGUGCUACAACUCAGAGAGCCAAUAAGACAAGAGCAGCGAGAAAGAGCCAGAGAGAGAGAGAGAAAUACACAGAGAAACUGAGGAUAUCGGGAUUCCAAAAUGAUUCCAAAAUGGCUGGGCCUGGACAUGUGUUGACUGGCAUUGAUGACUCUUUGGCCCAUGGGACCUUAUGGAGGGCAGAGCAGGGGGAGUGGCUUGAGAAGAAGACAGGACUCAUCCAAUCACACUCCUUGUGUCCAGCAAACUCCCUCCUAUGCUAUGUGCUGCUCCUAUGUACUGUAAACAGGGUGUGGGUGGAUUCUCCAUAGACUGAAAGGGCAGACCAGACUUGGUAUAUGUAACUCUAAGGACACAUGAGACGUAAUCAUUCAUUCCAUAGCACAGGGCUAGCUUUGGUGAUUACAGACUUGACGACAGAGGAUCAUAUACAAUACUUGUCUCGACCCUCAAUGAGAGGCAUACACCAACGCACAGCUAGGUGGCACUAUACCCAUGUGUGCGUGUUUGUAUGGCUGCAUGAUAUGAUUAUAUUUGUAUGUGUGUGUGGUUCUGUAUGUUUGAUAUGUUACUGUAUGUAUUUGUUUAAAUGUGUGUGUUUGCGUGUGUCUGUGUGUACAAUACAAGAGUGUCUCUUUGUCUAUCCGUGUAACCGUAUGCUAUGGGGUGCUGGUGUGCGACCACCCUGUGGCACAGUACAAUGUCAUAAAAUGCUUUCCCACUUUGUGCCGGAGGGUACAUAACUCAGAUUUGAGUCCAUUCGGUAUCUCUCUCUAGGAUCACUGUCCUCUCCUCAGGACCCUUUAAGGGAGUUGACUAUAAAGCUUGGAUGUUGUUCUCACCUUUCCUUUGCAACUCACAUACACUGUGUACCAAACUUUAGGAACACCUGCUCGUUCCAUGAUGUGGACUGACCAGGUGAAUCCAGGUAAAAGCUACGAGCCGUUAUUGAUGUCACUUGAUAAAUCCACUUCCAUCAGUGUAGAUGAAGGGGAGCAGUCAAAUGCUUACUUACUUGCCCUAACCAACAAUACAGUUUAAAACAAAUAUGAAUUAGAAUAAGAAAUAAAAGUAACAAGUAAUAAAAGAGCAGCAGUAAAAUAGCGAUAGUGACACUAUAUACAGUGGGGUACCGGUACAGUGUCUAUACAGUGUCUAUGUGCGGGGACUGGUUUAGGUGAGGCAAUAUGUACAUGUACGUAGAGUUAUUAAAGUGACUAUGUGUAGAUUAUAACAACAGAGAGUAGCAGCGGUGUAAAGGGGGGGGGGGCAAUGAAAAUAGUCUGGGUGGCCAUUUUAUUAGAUAUUCAGGAGUCUCAUGGCUAGGGGGUAGAACCUGUUUAGAAGCCUCUUUGACAAUUUUUAGGGCCUUUCUCUGACACCGCCUGGUAUAGAGGUCCUGAAUGGCAGGAAGCUUGGCCCCAGUGAUGUGCAGGCCCAUACGCACUACCCUCUGUAGAGCCUUUUGAGGAUCUGAGUACCCAUGCUGAAUCUUUUUUUGAUGUUGAAUUUUUUUACCCCCUUUUCUCCCAAUUUCGUGGUAUCCAAUUGUUAGUAGUUACUAUCUUGUCUCAUCGCUAUAACUCCCGUACGGGCUCGGGAGAGACGAAGGUCGAAAGCCAUGUGUCCUCCGAAACACAACCCAACCAAGCCGCACUGCUUCUUAACACAGCGCGCAUCCAACCCGGAAGCCAGCCACACCAAUGUGUCGGAGGAAACACCGUGCACCUGGCGACCUGAAUGAAUAACAUCACAUGCACAGCGCCCAGCCCGCCACAGGAGUCGCUAGUGCGCGAUGAGACAAGGAUAUCCCGGACGACGCUAGGCCAAUUGUGCGUUGGCCCAUGAACCUCCCGGUCACGGCCGACUGCGACAGAGCCUGGGCUCGAACCCAGAGUCUCUGGUGGCACAGCUAGCACUGCAAUGCAGUGCCUUAGACCACUGCGCCACCCGGGAGGCCUCCAUGCUGAAUCUUUUCAGUCUCCUGAGGGGGAAUAGGUUUAGUCGGGCCCUCUUCCCGUCUGUUUAGGGUUGCUUGGACCAUGUUACUUUAUUGGUGUUGACACCAAGGAACUUGAAGCUCUGAACCUGCUCCACUGCAGCCCAGUCGAUGAGAAUGGGGCGUGUUUGGCCCGCCUUUUCCUGUAGUCCACGAUCAGCUCCUUUGUCUUGCUCACAUUGAAGGAGAGGUUGUUGUCCUGGCACCACACGGCCAGGUCUCUGACCUCCGCCCUAUAGGCUGUCUUGUCGGUGAUCAUGCCUACAACUGUUGUGUCAUCUGCAAACGUAAUGAUGGCGUUGGAGUCGUGCCUGGCCGUGCAGUCAUGAGUGAACAGGGAGUACAGGAGUGGACCGAGCCCGCACCCCCAAGUGGCCCCUGCAUUGAGGAUAAGCAUGGCGGAUGUGUUGUUACCUACCCUUACCACCUGGUCCGGCCCGUCAGGAAGACCAGGAUCCAGUUGCAGAGGGAGGUGUUUAGUCCCAGGGUCCAUAGCUUAUUGAUGAGCUUUGGGGGCACCAUGGUGUUGAACGCUGAGCUGUAGUCAAUGAAUAGCAUUCUCACAUAGGUGUUCCUUUUGUCCAGGUGGGAAAGGGCAGUGUGGAGUCCAAUAUAGAUCAUUUGUGGAUCUGUUAGGGCAGUAUGCAAAUUGGAGUGGGUCUAGGGUUUCUAGAUAAUGGUGUUGAUGUGAGCCAUGACCAGCCUUUCAAAGAACUUCAUGGCUACAGAUGUGAGUGCUACAGGUUGGUAAUCAUUUAGGCAGGUUACCUUAGUUUUCUUGGGCACAAGGACUAUGGUGGUCUGCUUAAAACAUGUAGGUAUUACAGACUCGGACAGGGAGAGGUUGAAAAUGUCAGUGAAGACACUUGCCAGUUGGUCAGCGCAUGCUCGCAGUACACGUCCUGGUAAUCCGUCUGGCCCUGCGACCUUAUGAAUGUUGACCUGAUUAAAGGUCUUACUUAAAUUGGCUGCGGAGAGCAUGCUCACACAGUGUUCCGUAACAGCUGGUAUUCUCAUGCAUGUUUAGUGUUAUUUGCCUCGAAGUGAGCAUAGAAGUAGUUCAGCUCGUCUGGUGUAGGCUGUGUCACUGGGCAGCUCUUGGCUGUGCUUCCCUUUGUAGUCUGUAAUGGUUUGCAUGCCCUGCCACACCCGACGACUGUCAGAGCCGGUGUAGUACGAUUCGAUCUUAGUCCUGUAUUGACACUUUGCCUGUUUGAUGGUUCGUCGGAAGGCAUAGCGGGAUUUCUUAUAAGCUUCCGGGUUAGAGUCCCGCUCCUUGAAAAUGGCAGCUUUAGCCUUUAGCUCAGUGUGGAUGUUGCCUGUAAUCCAAGACUUCUGGUUGUGGUAUGUACGGUCAGUCACUGUGGGGACGACGUCAUCGAUGCACUUAUUGAUGUGGUGUACUCCUCAAUGCCAUCGGAGGAAUCCCUGAACAUAUUCCAGUCUGUACUAGAAAAACAGUCCUGUAGCUUAGCAUCUGCUUCAUCUGAUCACUUUUUUAUAGAUCAAGUCACUGGUGCUUCCUGCUCGAAUUUCUGCUUGUAAACAGGAAUCAGGAGUAUAGAAUUAUGUUCAGAUUUGCCAAAUGGCGGGUGAUGGAGAGCUUUGUAUGUGUCUCUGUGUGUGGAGUGAAGGUGAUCCAGAGUAUUUUUCCCUCUGGCUGCACAUUUAACAUGCUGAUAGAAAUUUGGUAAGACGGAUUUAAGUUUCCCUGCAUUAAAUUUCCUGUUUGCUUAUGGUGAAAUACAUCUCAUUUGGUGCAGUCUUAGUGCAAGCAUCAGUCUGUGGUGGUAUGUAGACAGCUACGAAAAAAUACAGAUGAAAACUCUAUAGGUAGAUAGUGUGGUCUACAGCUUAUCAUGA